AUUUCGAUUCAUGUGGACUCCACACACUCCAUCACUGUAAAGGUCCCUAAGAAUUUCAUCAAUGUGACCGUGGGUGAAACCAUCUAUCUACAGUGCACCUUCACCACCAAUCAGCCCACCACCAACCUCCUCGUGCAGUGGACCUUCUACAGCAGAUCCUCCAUCAGUCCUCAACAGGUAUAUUUCUACCAAUCUGGAACUGCAUACAUUAGUCCUCAGUUUAAGGGCAGACUGACUAUGCUCAAUCAAGUCAACACAACUAUGAACGCCUCAAUCUCCAUCAGCAACAUGCAGCCCGCUGAUUCUGGAUCAUACACCUGUGAAGCCCACAACAUCCCUGACAUCGAGGGCAUCACUUCUGCUUCUGUCCUGGUCAAAGUGCUUGAGAAACCAUCUGUUCCCUAUUGUGCUGUCCACGGCACUGUGGAGAUGGGUCAUUUGGUCACCCUCACAUGUCACUCCGAGAAAGGCAGUCCAAGCCCUAACUACACCUGGACUAAACUCCAGCAGGGCAGGAGCAGCAGAGUGCUUGGCCAAACAGACGUGACAACAGGGUUCAUGUACAUCAGAAACAUCUCUGAAUUUGAGUUUGGCGAAUAUCAGUGUAACGCAUCCAACGUUGUAGGUUUCGCUACUUGCAGUAUUGUGCUGCACACAGAGCUGAAUGGUGGAGCAAUUGCUGGGGUGGUUAUUGGGGCAAUUCUGGGAGCCGUUUUAAUCGUCCUGCUGGUGUGGUUCAUCACACACCAGCUGAAGAAAAAGAAGCACAAAGUAUCCAAAGAGAAUAAACAACAGAGUGUAAAGUCAGUGGAAUAUGUGGUUGUUCCAGCAAAGCCAAUUGAGGACCAUGGAGAAGAGGAAGCCUAACAUCCAUUAAUUUAUAGUUAAACAUGCCUGAUGUUGGUGAUCCUGUUUUUAGCAAAGAUGUCUUUGAUGUUAUUAAUUAAUAAAAAAAAUAAGAUUUUCCCCAAGGUUUUCUGAACACUCCCUCUCACCACCAGAAAAAAAAUACAUGUGAUAUACAGUAAAUACAUGUAAAUUCACAUUGUUUUAUUAACACCACAGUUUUGUGAUAUUACUGUAAAACAUUUUUAUAUUACUGCAUAUCAGAAAAUAUUAGGAUGAGAUAGAGGAAAAUAUUUUAACAUUAAAAAAGUACAGGUUUUAUCUUCAAGGGACAAUCGUAAUGAUAUGUUUUUAACUUUCUUUGAAGUUUUACAAUAUAUUAUUUUGCAAAUAUAAGUGCUGCAUGUCGCAUGUCGAAAGCUCGGAUGUCAAAAUGAGCUGUUUUUCAGGAAAUGGAAAAAAAAUUACUUUUUAAAUGAUUAAAUACUGUGUUUUCCAAGUUGAGAAGCACUUUUUUAAAACUUUUUAUUGGUUCGAAAAAAAUCACAAAAUGUGGAGUUUUCAGAAGGACAGCAACAAUUUGUGUGAUUUAAAUAGCUUCCUUAAAAUGUGUAAAUGGACACGCUUGACUAAAAUAUGUUUCCUUAAAUCUUAUGAAUAUUUCUUAAAGCUUAUGCUUAACUGCUUGAAAUUCAUUUUGUGACAAAAAUAAACUGUGCCUAGCAAUCCAUGUCUUUGUAAGAUAAAAAAAUAUU